CUGAAAGGCCAAUUAGAUUUGUCACCUUUUCCUAAUCUCGAAAAGGUUUCUUUUUACUACAAUGUUCGAUUUAAUAUUUUAGAAAGCAUAGACCUUAGUAAAAAUGAAAAAUUAAGCAGAAUAGUUGUAGAUGGACAAAGUCAAAAUUUUCUUGAAAAUAAUAGCUUUACUUUAUUAGUCAAAGAAGUACAACUUGGCAGAAUAAUUUUAUUAUAUCAAAAAAUCAAUGAAUAUGGAUCUGCAUAUAUAAAAACAACAAAUUAUUUAAGAAAACAAACCAUUAUACCAUAUUUUUUAGUUGAAGAUAGAAAACUAGGACAGUUAGAAGCUGAAAUUGCGAAUCUAAAAAAAUCUCUUGCUCAAAAAGAUCAAACCAUCGCGCAAAAAGACCGAACUAUAGCCGAUUUAAAUAGAAAGGCUCAACAAACGCCUACACUUA